AUGCCCACCGAUGGCAACCUGGUUCUGGGCAGAGCUUUUCUCCAAGCAGCUUUCUAUGCUGUGCACUGGUCACAGAAAUGUUGGUUUCUGUCUCAAGCCCCUGGGCCAGACUAUAGCUUCAUCAAAAACGCUGUCGACAUAGAGCCCACUACGACUACCAUUACUGGUACUGAAAACAGUUGGGAAAACACUUGGGCAUCGUUCUGGACCGCCCUCCCCUCAAAUGUUGUUAUAACUCAUUCGGGAACGAAUUCGUCGAGCUCUUCUACAAAUUCAUCUACUCGCACUAGCCUCUCUACUGGUGCUAAGGUAGGGAUUAGUAUCGGCUGUGCGUUCGCUGCUGUUGCGAUCGUUGGUAUAGUUGCUUGGUUCUGGAUUCGUCACCGGCAAGGAACUAAAGUUGUGGACACUCUACCACCUCAAGAUUAUGUCAGACCUCGUGUUCUCACGCGAGGAUUCUGGCCAGUGGAAAUUUCUGGCGGCAAGCGAGAUACCUGGCAUGAGUUAGAUCACAAUCCAAGCUUUGUAGGCUAUUAUGGAAACCAGAGCCCAGGGCAAACGAGUGAAGUUCAUGAUUCACAAAAUUCGACCAGAGCGUCUAACAGAUUGAGGAACGAUGGUUCUGAGCCCUAUGAGCUUAGUCAAUAG